UAGAGAAAAACGCACAAACUCCACCAAGCAGGAGCAUGAUCAUAUAAAUUGCGACCGAACUUCUUCCACAUCCCACCACUCACCACUUUGUGAAAACACCAAAAACAGAGGACACAGAUAACACAAAAAAUACUUUUCCGAUCCGAUCUCCGCAACGCCUCCUUCGCUCGAAUCCGACUGUUAUAUGGAGUCUCGACGCCUCGAUCUCGGACCGAUGAGUUGAAAUGCAGCCAGCUGAUUCGUCGUCAUUGUCUCGCCCAGUGUUGAAUCCUUUCUCCUUCAAUGACGAUUUGAGCAGUGAGGGUUUCGGCGGCCCUAGGGUUUUGUUCUUCGCUUCGCUUUUUCUGUUCCAAGGAGGGGGAAUGGAUUUAUCCAAGGUUGGAGAGAAGAUUCUCAGCUCGGUCCGGUCCGCCCGAUCGCUCGGCAUUCUUUCUGCGCCGUCCGAUCGUCCUGAGGUUCCAGCUCGUGUUGCUGCUGCAGCAGCAGUUGCUCGUGCUAUUGCAUCAUUACCUCCUCAUCAGAGGCUAAUUCUCCCAUCAAGUUCUGAAGAAUUGAACUCAAUAUAUGGGAGCAGACCUCGUGGUCAAGUAGUAGAGGAGCUGGAGGAAGACUUCUAUGAAGAGGAGUUUGACCCAGUUAGGCAUGUAUUGGAGCAUGUUCCUCCUGAAGAAAGCGAUGUGGCAUAUUUUGAGAAACAGGCCACUCUUAGAUUAGCACAACUGGAUAGAAUAUCGGAACGUUUAUCGAUACACGUCAUGGAGCAUCAUGAAGAAAUGGUGAAGGGGAUGCAAUUGGUGAAAGAGUUGGAGAAAGACUUGAAGGUCGCAAAUGUCAUUUGCAUGAAUGGGCGAAGACACUUAACCUCAUCAAUGAAUGAGGUAUCAAGGGAUCUAAUUGUUACGUCUAAUUCCAAAAGGAAACAAGCUCUUCUGGACAUGCUUCCUAUAUUAACCGAGCUACGUCAUGCAUUGGAUAUGCAAGUGGCGCUUGAAUCCCAUGUUGAGGAUGGAAACUACUUCAAGGCAUUCCAAGUUCUACCUGAGUAUUUGCAGCUGUUAGAUAGUCUUUCAGAGCUUUCAGCAAUACAAGAGCUAAGCCGUGGUGUUGAGGUUUGGCUAGGGAAAACCCUUCAAAAGCUGGAUUCUCUUUUGCUAGGAGUAUGCCAAGAGUUCAAAGAUGAAGGUUAUAUAAAUGUUGUUGAUGCUUAUGCAUUAAUUGGGGAUGUUUCUGGUCUUGCUGAAAAGAUGCAGAGCUUCUUUAUGCAGGAAGUUCUCUCAGAAACCCACUCUGUAUUGAAGAAUAUUGUGCAAGAGGAUCAAGAAGCACACAUGCAAAGUAGUAGACUCACCUAUAGCGAUCUAUGCCUUCGGAUACCAGAAUCCAAGUUUAGGCUGUGUUUAUUAAAAACACUAGCUGGUCUUUUUAGGUUGAUGUCUUCAUAUUAUGCAAUCAUGAGCUUCCAGCUUGAGAACAAGGUUUUAGCAUGCCAAACUUCAAAUGUAAGCCAGAAGCGAAGUGACAUUGCUCCUUCAGGAGAUGAACAACAAAUUGAAUCAGUUACAAGAGAUUCUUGUAGAUCUAAAGCAGAUAACGAUUCUCUCAUGGAUUCUGUGGAUAGGAUGCCAAUUUCAUCUUCUGUAGAGGAGUCAAUGGCAACGACAGUAUCUUUUGCUGAUGCUCCUGGAAGUACCCUCUCUGUGUACAAAGAUUCCAAUGGUCCAGUUGAUGAGUCAAGGAACGAUGGGAGUGAGGCAUCAAGCAGUGGAUCUCCAUGGUAUCAGCUGCGGAAAGAUGCUAUAGCAUUUGUUUCACAAACCUUACAAAGAGGACGCAAGAACCUUUGGCAACUUACAACAAGUCGUGUAUCAGUUUUACUUUCUUCGGCUGCUGCUUGUUCAACAAGCAUCCACCAAUUCUUGAGGAAUUAUGAAGAUCUGAAUGUUUUCAUCUUGGCUGGGGAAGCUUUCUGUGGGGUUGAAGCAGUUGAGUUCAGGAUGAAGUUAAAGACUGGUUGUGAGAACUAUUUUGUUGCUUUCCAUCGGCAAAGCCUAUAUGCACUGAAAAUGGUUUUGGAAAAGGAGAAUUGGCAAAAUAUUCCACCAGACACAAUACAAGUAAUUAGUUUUGCUGGCCUUGUUGGUGAUGGAGCAGCCCUAAUUAUUUCAUCUGAUGGUAACUCAGCUAGCGCCCGAGUGCAUCAGUCCAACAAAUCAGCAGACUCAUUUGAAACUGGUGCCAAAAAGAGCGGUUUUUCUUGGUGGCUUAAAAAUGGAAACCCUUUUUUGCAAAAACUAACAUGUACUUCUAAAGAAUGGCCUAAUUCCCCCUUGGCUAAUGGGUCAACCUCUGAAGAGCCUGAUGGAAAAAUUACUGAAAAUUUUCAUGGUGAUAAGUUCUCCCCAAGAUAUGGUGUUGCAAAUGGAAACAAUUCUGUUUCAGAAGAUGAAAAUGAAGAUCUUUGGGCAGACUUCAUUGAUGAGGAUAGUCAACUUCCAAGUCGGCUUUCUAAACCCAACCUGCCAAGAAAUCACUCCUCAUAUUGGAAUGAUGAAGAGAGUGCAGGGCAGACAGGAUCUUCUCUUUGUCUUUUGAGGUUUAUGGACAAAUAUGCAAGGCUAAUGCAAAAAUUAGAAAUAGCAAAUGUUGAGUUUUUUAAGGGGAUAUGCCACUUGUUUGAGGUCUUCUUCCAUUUUGUGUUUGAGACAUUUGGUCAGCAGAACACUCAUCCUAGUGGAAAAGGAGCAACUGACUUCCUUAAUCAUCGGCUGAAGACUGCCUUGUCCAGAAUAACUCAAGAUUAUGAUCAGUGGAUAAAACCCCAAUUAGUCCCAUUUUCUUCCUCUUCAACAUCUUUGAAUGUGCCAUUUUCACAUAUGGAUGUGACACUGACUGGUCCACAUUCUACAAAUUUUGUUCACUCGUCAAACACAUCUUUUGGCCUAAAGGAAAGAUGUGCUGGCGUUGACACUAUAUCUCUUGUUGCUCGAAUAUUGCAUAGAUCUAAAGCUCAUCUUCAAUCGAUGCUUCUACAAAAUAAUGCAGCUAUAGUUGAAGAUUUCUAUGCACAUUUGGUGGAUGCUGUACCAGAUCUCACAGAGCAUAUUCAUAGGACAACUGCUAGAUUACUUCUUCAUAUUAACGGGUAUGUUGAUAGGAUUGCUAAUGCUAAAUGGGAAGUAAAAGAGCUUGGACUGGAGCAUAACGGGUAUGUUGAUUUGUUGUUGGGAGAAUUUAAGCAUUAUAGAACAAGGCUUGCUCAUGGAGGAAUUCAUAAGGAGGUUCAAGACCUCCUCCUAGAAUAUGGACUUGAAAAUGUUGCUGAGACUCUCAUUGAAGGUCUAUCGCGGGUGAAAAAGUGUACUGAUGAAGGACGGGCUCUUAUGUCAUUAGAUCUUCAGGUUUUAAUCAAUGGCCUUCAACACUUUGUCUCUGCAAAUGUGAAGCCGAAGUUGCAAAUAGUUGAAAUUUUCAUCAAGGCAUACUAUCUUCCAGAAACUGAAUAUGUUCACUGGGCACGGGCUCAUCCGGAAUACAGUAAAAAUCAAAUAGUGGGGCUGAUCAACCUCGUAGCUACAGUGAGAGGUUGGAAGAGAAAAACCAGGUUGGAAGUACUAGAAAAGAUCGAGUGAACCGGAAUUUAGCUUCCAUCAACACCAUAUAAAGGCCCAAGUAGAUAAGAUCUGCCGUUUUCCUAAUUAUUGGGUGAUAGAAUCUUGCAUUUUGGUAAUUAAUUUGUUCUUUUUGUGUGAGUUCUGUAUAUUUGGAUAGUGUCUCUCAUCUCCCUUAUUAUUAUGUAGAGUGAACAUUUCGAGGUUGUAAAUCUUGUGACAUCUCAAUUUGUAAUAUAUGAUCUUCCCUUGAAGGGAACCCCAAAAUGUAAUUUUGGAUCACAUUAUACGUGAAAUAAUGAGGUUACAUUAAAAGAGUAAAAUUUCAAUUC